CACAAAACACCGGGUCAAACGGCUUGUUCGGCGUUGUUUGCCCUAUCGACCGCUAUCGUUUCGCGAUGCCCUCAAGACUCCCCCCGACGCUAUCAGCCAGGUUCCUUGGCGCCAUGCGAGAAUAUAUAUUGCAGCGGUACAGCAUAGUACCUACUUGCCUUGGGCACCAGACCUCAAAAAGUGAUCAUUGCUAGUCCUGAGCCAUGCGAGCGCUUCACGGUCUGACGGUGGCCGUCGUUGGCUUCAGUAGAUCGGCGGCGGCUCAGUUUCCGCCUACGCCGACCGACAUUACUAUUGUCAACUCUACCCUGGAAGAGGGAGUCUACAUUUCGUACAAAGAGACAGAAUUAUGCGAAACGACCGAGGGCGUCCGCUCAUUUUCCGGCUAUGUACAUCUUCCACCUCAAACGUUGGAGGGUUUGGACGUUGAUCAGGAUUACCCGAUAAAUACGUACUUCUGGUUCUUCGAGGCUCGUAACGAUCCUCAGAAUGCACCAUUAUCAAUCUGGAUGAAUGGAGGGCCUGGAAGUUCAUCGAUGCUUGGCCUUAUGCGAGAACACGGCCCAUGCUACGUGAAUGCAGAUUCAAACUCUACUUAUCUGAACGAACAUUCGUGGAACAAUAACGUUAACAUGUUGUAUCUUGACCAGCCGGUGCAAGUCGGCUUGUCGUACGACACACUUCAAAAUGUCACAGUGGACCUCAACAAUGACACUCGUACGGCAGACUUUUCGAAUGGUGUCCCGGAGCAGAACAACACGUACUAUGUCGGUACUUAUGCUAGCCAGAAUCGCAACUACACCACCAAGGGCACGGAAAAUUCUGCACGUGCCAUGUGGUAUUUUGCUCAGACUUGGUUCCAGGAGUUCCCUGAGCAUAAGCCAAAUAACGAUAAGAUCUCAAUCUCUACGGAGUCUUACGGUGGUAGAUAUGGCCCUGCUUUCGCUGCCUUUUUCCAAGAGCAGAAUGAUAAGAUCGCAAACGGGACAUGGACAGAGUCUGGUGAAACUCAUAUUCUUCACCUAGAUACUCUCCUCAUCAUCAAUGGCUGCAUUGAUCGUCUUGUCCAAUGGCCAUCCUAUCCCAUGAUGGCGUACAACAAUACAUACGGUAUCGAGGCCAUCAAUCAUACUAGAUAUGAAGCCGCGAUGGAUGCGUUCACUCGAGAAGGCGGAUGCUCUGAUCAGAUAAUCGAAUGUCGGAAGCUUGCUGCUGAGUCUGAUCCGACUAACCAAGGCUUCAACGAUACUGUGAAUGGAGUCUGCGAGGCAGCUGAGACAUUCUGUGGGGCGAACAUUCGUGACCCAUAUCUUGAAGACUCGGGUCGCAAUUACUACGAUAUCUCUGCCAUCAACCCUGCAGCUUUCCCGGUACCAUUCUAUGCCGGCUGGCUCAACCAGCCACAUGUACAGCAAGGCCUCGGUGUGCCUCGGAAUUGGACUCAGAGCUCUGGACCAGUCUCGACGGCAUUCCGCAGCAUUGGCGACUAUCCACGUCCAGGAUGGUUGGAAGACCUGACUUAUCUCCUGGAGUCCGGGGUCAAGGUCACAUUGGUCUACGGGGACCGUGACUACGCCUGCAAUUGGUUCGGCGGAGAAGCAGUCUCGAAGGCCAUCAACUACACUAACACUGAAGCCUUUAAUGCGGCUGGCUACGCCGGUAUCCAAGUCAACGACUCGUACAUUGGCGGCCAAGUCCGCCAGUAUGGGAAUCUCAGCUUCAGUCGUGUCUACGAAGCUGGUCACGAAGUUCCAGCAUACCAGCCAGAGACUGCACUACGCAUCUUUGAGCGAGCGCUGUUCAAUAUGGACAUUGCAACCGGUCAGAUCAACACUGCCGAGAAUGCCAACUACGGUACGGAGGGUCCGACCUCGACGUUCGAUAUCAAGAACGAGGUGAUCCCGAUGCCGGCACCUACAUGCUACGUACUGGACCCUGAUCAGUGCACAGACGAUCAAUGGGAGAGUGUUUCGAAUGGUACUGCAUUGGUGCGCAAUUGGAUCGUCGUGGACGAGAACACAAUCCACUUGUUUCCUGAUCUGAACAAUGGUAGCAUUCCAGGACCAUCACCCACACCUACGCCUCCGGCAAGUGGUGCAUCGAGCCUUGGCAGAGAUGGAAACGUUAUAGGUGUGCCAUUCGGCAUGGCUGGAUCAGCAGCGGUCAUCUCUUUGGCUUCUGUCUUGCUGAUCUUGCUGUGAAUACUCCUACAUUAUCAUCAUUUGUUGCACAUGUUGCAAUGCAAUGCAGCCUUCAUAUUGCCC